UGAACUUGCACUUUAGUUUACUACAUAAAUAAAUAGUGACGUUUAAGUUUAAUUACGAUUUGAUUAUGAUGGUACAGUACGGUUGUGCCUUGAGUCACCUUGGACAUUUGCACUGUGCAUAAUUACACCCAACUAAUUCCAAAUGAUGUAAACAUUAAAAAAAACAAUGAUUAAAAUUAACAUUGAGAAUGUCUUGAAGCGGUUAUACACGAUAGAGGUUCUUCUGGAUACCUUAAAAAGAAUGCUUUCCAGUAUACUUAUGGAUCAAAGUGCCCCGGUCACAGAUUUUGAAAUCCCUUCCGAAUGGAUAUACAGAGGAGAAGGAAAUAUGAAUGUGGUAAUCUCUUUACCAAAGUUGGGGAAAAUACUCCGUAUAAGGAAAACUGAUCGACCAAAAUCCUUAAUCGAAUGGCUGGUUUUGUGGAUAAGUGAUUUUUUGUAUUGGUACUGGGGUAAAGGCGUUGAAGAAGAAAUGAGAGACCUGAAGUUCUAUUCGACCGUCAUGCGUCCCAUGGUAGGAAGAAAGUACACUUCGGAAGCACAUCAGGUGGUUCUCACCAGGAAGCAAAUACAAAUACUACAGAAUGAGUUGAGCAAAUAUAGACCAGAGUUUCGUAAACAUAAGAUAUUGCAGUAUGGUAGAGCCUCACUUUUUGACGAUUAUGCCUUUAUGCCUCUGGAUGAGUAUGACUACCUACCAUUUCAGAUGUCUGAAGACACUUUCGCUGUCGAACUAAAACCCAAACAAGGUUGGAGACCAUUCAGCGAAAAACAUUACCCUGCAUGUGUGUUCUGUAUGAAGCAAUAUUUAAAGUUAGAAAGUAAGAAAAUUAGCAAACUGAGUGAAUAUUGUCCGGAAGAUUUGUUUUCAGGGGACGAAAUUAGAAUGAAACGUGCCAUAAAAUCUUUGAUAAGCAAUCCACAGAACAAUUUUCAAGUUUUCAAAAACGGAACUCUGGUAUAUGGAGAAAAAUCUGCUUUGGAUUUCUCUCACAUUGUCCAUAGUUUAUUUGAAGACCACAAUGAGGACCAAGAAAGACUGAUAGAUGAAUUUUGUGAGCUCGUUAGACAGUCCUUAGUAACGAAUAUUAUGAACGUAGACUUUGUUGAACACUGUGAAGAAAAACUGUUCUGCGAGUGGAACAAAAUUAUUCAACAAUCGAGUGCUCAGAGCGCCUUGCCUAGAGGUUGCGUCCUGGAAAAGAUCCUGUCCAUUCAAAUGUUGGACACUGAAGGGAGCUUCUACUACGAGAAAUUGUUGCACAGAGAGGAUAUAAAAGACUGGAACUAUAUUAAUAUGUUGUUAGACAAAAUUGAUAAUAAACAUGUUUGUUUGAAAUGUUUGAUCAUGAUGCUAGGCGACACUAAUCGGAGUCAGGAAGAGAUGGAUUUGGCUUUCAUACCUUACCUGAUAUCGGUGAUAAUGAAGGACUGUUCUCUGAUGGUUACCUUGAAAAGGAUACAAGAGGAUAUUAGUGAUAAUUUGGAAUUGAAAAACAUAAUUAAAACGAAUUACGGAUAUUUUCUAGUGAAUAUCGGCGUUUUCGACUUAUAUCCCAAACGGCUGUCAUCCAUAAAAAUGCACUGCAAGAGGAACAAAAAUAUACUUGAUGCAUACAUGAAGGCAACAACAAAAUCGAAUAAACUCCCUCAAUGAGACUGUUGAUGAAAAAUUAGCUAGUCAUUUGGUAUAGUUUCGACAUCACUUCCGGGGCUAUAUGCUUCCUAAUGAGUUGUGCCUCCUAAAAUACACUUCCUAGACUCACUGAAAAUAUGUCCUUUGGGAGGAUUUCUUGAGACAUCAGGAAAAUCUUUGGGAAAGUUUCUGGGUUUCAACUCCUCCAUCUUUAAGAUGAUGAUUAAGAUGAAAAAGUAGAGAGCUAAAACCUUUCUUUCCAAAAAAUAAUCUCUCCUAAAAAUAUCCCCCUUCCAAUUUAAUUGAAGAAGUGUUUUCAAAAUGUCUCAUUCAGGGAUUUCUUCAAAAUACUUCGACAACUAUAUCGUGAGAGUGUAUUUAUUCAGACAUAUCACUUGAAAGAUUAUCUUUUAUUUCUGAUUUUUAUAUACCUUCUCUCAUUUCUCAUGAGGAUGCUUGAAAAAUUUGGAAAAAAUAGCCUUGAGAAAUCCUUGAUUACUUGUUUGAUUUUGCGAGUAUCUCAAAAACGACUUGAAAAUAUAUUUUUUUGAAAUGAACCCUUCGUGCUUGAGGGAUCAACUCGAGUAUCAUAAUAUUCUGUGUUGGUAGAUUUACUUAAUGUUUUUGAGAAAUUAGGACAACUUGAACUUAUAAAUCUGUGAAAUAUUUUGAUAACAAUACGAAAAGGAUGUUUCAUCGAAAAUGUUUCUUGUGUAGGACCCUCAAUGGGAAUUGGGAACAACUUAAAAAUCAAUCAUUAGUUUUUAUCAUGUACGUGAAUAAGGAUUAUAUAUGCUUGGGAUUCUUGUGGAGUAUCGCUCGAGAUUUGUCAGUAUCUAAAAAAUGUUCCUCUUGAGAAUGUCUUCUCUAAAUGAAGCUCAUUUGAGGCUGCCUUGAAUUGAAAUAUAUUUUUUCUCAAUAUUCAAAAAAUUCCCAAGUAGCCUCUUAGUAUAACUGAUAUAUAUUUCAAAAUAACUCUUGCUUUUCACAUUUCUAUAUUUUUUUUUGUAAAAAUAUCUCAAGAGCAAGUAAGAUAACUAUUGAUGUCUUCUAAUUUUUUCAUUAAACGAAUGUGGAAGUGAUAAAAAAUCAUAUCAAGAAAUAUUUUUGCGGGUGUUCAUUAUAAUGAAUUCGUUACUCAAAAAUGUUUGUUCCUAAAUUUUAAUACUUUUAUUUUCAAUUAAAUAUGAAAAGUAUCCCCAAUUAUGAAAUAGUCUGCAUAGUCCCUUUUUAAAAGGCGUUUUUGCCUUUUUUGGAGGACGUUCUGAUGAAUUACUCAAGUCGAGCAACAUGUAUGGCCGGUCGCCUUGAGGGUUUUUUAAAUAGGCGUUUAAAAAAAAAGGGAGUGAUAAAAAUCUCUUUGGAACGAAAGACAGAAAUUAUGAGCCUUGAAGUAUUACAUUCAACAAUUUACAAUUAAAUUGUUUUUAAUGUAUAAAAAGAUAACAUAUAUAACAACAACAACAUAUAUAACAACAAAUUUCUCUUUCAUUGUUUCUCAGUUUGUGAUGUUUUUGAUAUUUUCUGACGAAAAAAUCAUAAGCUCCUUUUGGAAUCAAAAACCCAACCAGUAUUAUGUAAUAUGGUGAGAUAUUUCGAACUAGAACUGUUUUAGCCAUUUCCGAAUAUUAACAGUAUUGAAUCCUUCACAUGUACUGGACGAUUUGUCUAGUAAUAUUAUUUCUAAUUUGAAAAGGAGGCACAAUUAUUUUAACCUGACGGUAGCAAUAAGUAGAUGGGUACUUAUUAAUUACCUCUUUGCGAGACUAGGUAUUGUUUAAAUUAUUUAUAAGAUUUUUUACGUUUUUAUAUUUUAACAAAUGUUGAAUAUGUAUUGUCUGAUCAACUAGUGUGAGUAAUUUUAUAGGAGUACUAUUUUAUAUUGCCCGUAUUUUAUGUAAUGCAUAAAGGUGGUUUUCAACAUAACCAGUUUUUGAAAAUAUCAAUAGGUAAACAUAGACUAUGGAAAAUUAUUCAGGAAAAAUCUUAUGUGACCUCUUUAUAACUGACCUUUUUUGUAAAAUUGAUUAUCAUUGUUUGUUUUUGUUGAAUUUUCAUAAAAAAUCAAGAUAGUUCUUGUAUGACAUUUGUCUCUGUGAUCAAUGAGAGUAGUUUUUAGUUUUGUGCCAAGGAACACCUGUUUAUAUCAUGGAACUUCAGAGAUCUUUUUGUAUUUACCUUGUUAUGUCACCCUUAAUUUGCUCAUAAUAGAAAGGAGUGCCUAUGUCCUAUUAAAAAAACUGUUGAAAAUAACCAAAUAUACAAUUUACGACAA